AUGUCAGGUCAGUCCGUUCUUGACUCAAUCCCUCGGACAUUUGACCGGACAUCGUACCAACCGACCACUCUGGAAAUGGAUGCAACCAUCAACAAUGCCUUUGACGCGUUAGACGACAUCCAAUUCGACCUUCAACCAUUCACUGUACAGGGAACUCUCCGGAAGGAUUCGGCGACUCUCGAACGACGUAGAUUCUCUUGGGAAACUCUGUCAACGUCUUCAUAUCACCCUAUUUCCGAUAACACGUUAGCCAGUGAUGAGAAGGCACAGCUCUAUAUCUGUUCUCCUUCAUCUGUCAUUUCAACGAACGAUGAGAAGCUCCGUUCCAUUUUACCAGAUGACAUCACUGGAACCUUUCCAAAUGAUUACGACAGCCUUGAUCAGCAGGUGUAUCGUUGGCUCUCGGAACUCCCUGAUAUUCCAUGGCUGGACGUGAGCUAUGUUGAUGCCCUCCACGAUACCACCGAGGACGAGUCUUCAUCAACGGUUGAUACUGAACGAUCAAGAGAGUCUAUUCCUGGAACCCAGGGUCUUUUGAAUUACCUGGACUUUUUAGACACAUGCUAUGAGGGCAUCCAACCUACAAGUCCAACACGCGGGUAUGUAGACUACGGAAGUCCUGAACUAUAUGACACGACGGACCCAACAACGAGCCUCGAUGCUUACCACUUGACCCUUCUGCAAAUCGACACAUCUUGGCCUUUCGCUACAGAAGCCGACCGCAAGUUCUGGCCGUCGAUGCGACGACGGUACCCUAGAGGCUUGGAAAAGGAAGCCCGUAAAAGUAUUAGCGUGGUAGCAUCUUCGAGAUCUCACGAAUGA